CCGGUGGAACCGAAGCGUGCAUUCAUCCUCUGGCUGUUGCUGGAUUUGCAAAGGCCAAAUCUCUAUGUACAAAAUACAACGAUAAUCCACCACAAGCCUCCAGACCUUUUGACAGAGACCGGGAUGGAUUUGUCAUUGGUGAAGGAGCAGGUGUAGUUGUACUCGAAGAAUUGGAACACGCCAAAAAGAGAGGUGCGAGGAUAUACGCUGAAUUGCGUGGAUAUGGUUUGUCCGGCGAUGCUCACCAUAUAACAGCACCACCAGCAGACGGUUAUGGUGCGAUGCUUGCUAUGCGGCGUGCCAUGGAGCACGCGAGAUUGAUGCCCAACCAUAUCGAUUAUAUCAAUGCACACGCGACCUCAACAUCACUAG